GUCUGAUCUGAGUCUGAUUCGUGGGUUUUUAUCAAUUGGACCGGGAUCGUGAAUUCGUGAUUCAUGAAUUCUUGUUUCAUGGGUAGUCGGAAACGAUCAAGAUAGUACCUGAUGCUUAAAAAAUCGAGGUAGUAAUCUUGUUGGACAAUAUGGAAAAAUACAACGAUAAAUUGGCAGAAGAAGACGAAGAGUUUGUUUUAUGUCAAAUUUGCUACCUGAACUUUGAUGAGAAAGAACAUGUGCCAAAGUAUUUAAAGUGUCACCACUUUUUUUGUCUGUCAUGCAUCAAGUGUCUGACUGGUCUCAAUGAGAAUGUGAUUUCUUGCCCGACAUGUAGAACACAGUCAAUUUUAUGCCCCAAAAAAUGUGAGGAAUUAUUUACUAACCGCCUUGCCUUACGUCUUUCAAAAGUGGUGGAAGGAGUUCAUGAGAAGGCAGAGAAAGAAGCGAAACAGCAGCAGCAAUGGUGUUCGGUGUGUGCCUUUCCUGCAUAUGAGGGUUGCCACGAAACCCAACAUCCAAUUCAAGAUUCCAUGCAAUUCUAUAAUGCAAGAAUGUUACUGCUAAAAUCUAUUAUCAACAAGACAAACUAUCUGUGUAAUGAAGCAUUAGUAGAUUGCCACAAGAUUGAGUCAGCACACCAAGUCAUUCUUGCGUGGAUCAAAUGGCUCCAGCUGGAAAUCGUUCAAAGUGCUGCAAAAAACACUGCCACUAUUGCUCAGCUAGAAUCUCUUAUAAUAGAUGAAGCCUGGGCACAUAUUCCUCAAGAAGCAAAUAUGUAUGCCACAAUUAAUAACAUCAACCAACUUAUAGCCAAAUGCUCUGAUCGAUGCCAAAUGGCCGAAAAAGCCGAAUUAGAGUCCCACAACUUUCUCCGAGCUUACUGCAGCGCCCAUCAGGAAUCCGCAAAAUUUUUCGAACCUGAGCAGUUCUUAAGAGAUGGUUCACCUCCAGCUUUGGUCAGUUGGUUAAAACGGAUGAAUGCCUUUGAUGAAGGGAUCACUUUUAGCCAAGCUAAUAAGCGCUGUGUUAACGUCCUUGCGUUCCUUAUUUCGCUGUUGAGCGGAGAACAGCUUCCCGCACACGAUUCUUCAUUGAACUGUGUCCCUACCAGUAAAGAUGUCGAUGCAAAUGCGAAAAACAACAUCGCCACAGAUAACCAUGCGGCUAUUACCAGUGAACCACGCCCUUCUUGUUCUGGUACUCACCGGCUUGCAAAACGAUUUGCUGAAGACGAUUCAGAAUCCAGCGCCCACGCUUGUAAAAGAGAACGGGGAUCAGUUUUACAAAAAACUGAAAAUGCUUGGAUCAUGCAUAAUUCAACCCAACAGGAUGUCCAUGAGAGCUUGGUUCUUCCAUCUCCAAGAGCUGGAGCAGCCAUAAUGCAGGAUAUUCAGCAUGAAGCAGACAUGGAGAUACAAGAGGUAUUCCAGAGCAUCCAAAGCCGGACGUCAAGUGGGAGUCAAAUUUAUGGAUCAAAUAAAGCCGAAAGCCCUUUGCAACAAGGAUUUCGCACAGGCAUGCAAAUACGCAAGGCACCAGAAGCACGUAUAAUGCGUCGCCCAUCUUCUACGUUACCGCUCAAUCUUGCUCUGAAUAAUGUCGCUGCUGCUGCCGCAAUAACCAGUAAUUGCGCGUUGACUGGAGGAGAUAAUCCAGAAAUUAUCGAAAUACGAACUGUGAAUCCGCCAAACUGGCUUUUGAAUAAUCCUCGCAGAUAAGACCUAAGAUGUUUUGUACGACCUUCGACGUACACAUUCUAGCUAGUCGCUGUGAUGCAAAUCAACCAUAUCGCACGUACAGUACAGACACGACAGGAGUCAGUGGGUAUUUUCUGACAUAUUCACCGUCUCUUUUUUUAUUUGGUAUUUUUUUGUACGCGCUAACUCAGAAGACUCUAUUGUUUGCACUGUUUAAAUUUAAUCACAAAUACUUUUUAUUAACCCUUUUCAAUUGAGGAAAUCCUGAUCAGCUGAUGACGACAUAAAUUUUCUUAAAUUUUUGUAGAAACAAUAGCAUUUUUCGCAAUACACCUCCAGUGUUUUCAAAACCUAAA